UCGUGACGAAAAAAGUAUAAGUAAAGCAGAGAGAAGAGUAAGGGAAGAGAACAAGUACUAAAAAUGGCGGUGACGGAGGAGGAGAAGAAGCGGAAUUCAACGGUUGAGAUCUCCGGAUUACGUUUCACGUAUCCUGGAAUCGACGGUCAUCCACCACCGGGAUCGAAACCACUUAUUGAAGAUUUCUCAAUCACGCUUAAUUCAAGCGAUCGGUGUCUCCUCGUCGGAUCUAACGGCGCGGGGAAAACGACGAUUCUGAAGAUAUUGGGAGGGAAACACAUGGUGGAGCCGCAUAUGGUUAGGGUUCUGGGUCGCUCGGCGUUUCAUGAUACUGGAUUGACAUCUUCUGGUGAUCUCUGUUAUCUCGGUGGCGAGUGGAGGCGUGAUGUUGCAUUUGCAGGAUUUGAAGUUCCGAUACAAAUGGACAUUUCGGCGGAGAAGAUGAUAUUUGGAGUGGCUGGUAUUGAUCCUCAGAGAAGAGAUGAGUUGAUCAAGCUAGAGCAUGGUCUGGCCUUUACUCUUUAUCACAUACCAAACUUAUUAGCACUUAAGAAUCUGAAGAUCAUUACUCUUAUGUAUUUUACAAGCGGGAAUGAAGUGUUGGAUAUCGAUAUCUCAUGGAGACUGCACAAGGUAUCGGAUGGCCAGAGAAGACGUGUCCAGAUUUGUAUGGGACUCCUCAAGCCAUUUAAGGUUCUUCUUUUGGAUGAAAUAACUGUUGAUCUUGACGUUCUGGCAAGAGCAGACCUUUUGAAAUUUCUGAGAAAGGAAUGCGAAGAACGAGGAGCAACCAUAAUAUACGCUACUCAUAUAUUUGAUGGUCUAGAGGAUUGGCCAACAAACAUUGUGUAUGUUGCACACGGGAAACUGCAAUUAGCAUUGCCAAUGGAGAAAGUGAAGGAGACAAGCAAGAAGUCACUGAUGAGAACAGUUGAGAGUUGGCUGAGGAAAGAAAGAGAUGAAGAGAGAAAGAGAAGGACAGAGAGGAAAGCAAAUGGGCUUCCGGAGUUUGAAACACGGACUGAAGAAAGCCGUGUGACCGGUGAUCCAGCACGGAUGCUGAACAAUGGCUGGGCUGCCGGGAGACUCCACUCUACGGUUGCAGGCGGUGAGGACAAUUUCGUCUUAAGCUCAAACAGAGUUCUAAGAUAAAUUAAGCAAGGGAUAGACGAAGGGGAAUGAAUAAUCAUUAUUUUUAUUUUUAACCACGAAUAAUAUUUCUUUUCUCUUUUGGAACUAUUUGUUACUCUGAAAUAUUAUAUAUUACUUUUAUACGUUUGUUAUAAAUUAUAUGUUAGUUUCGUAAUUGGUCAAGAGUGAAGGAAUAGUCGAGAGAUUUUAAAAGUACCUCUGUAUUACACUGUUUUUAGUAUCUUUUUCACAAAAGUAAAACUUACAUUGUUAUGUUUUUU